CAAAAGCCAACGAGGGUUUUGACGAUUUGGGGCAGAAGGGAAGCGGGUGUUAUGAAGUGAAUCGCUGGCUAUAGUUCUCGAUCGCAAAAUGGUGUCUCUCUCUACGUGGUUCCGCUACGCCGCUACCAAGUUCGAGUACUCCCUAAGCCUCAGCUGGAAGAGUUAUAAUGUAGGCCAAAUUAAUGCAAGAGAAUUAAGUGAUGCGGUAUGGAAAAACUUUUUCCAAGGCAAGCUGACUUUUUCCCAUUGGAAUAAAGGAGAAGAAAUGGCACCUACCUUAGUAGGAGAUGGUGGAACUCUUCUUGUGAGAAAGUUGCCUUUUCCAUCACCAACGCAAGUUUUUGUCGGUGAUGUUGUAAUGUUGAAAGACCCUGAGAAAACCGCUGAUUAUGUUGUUAGAAGAUUGGCUGCUACAGAAGGCUAUGAAUUGUGUUCAACUGACGACAAAGAUGAACCAUUUAUUUUAGAGAAGGAUCAAUGUUGGGUGUUGGCUGACAACGAGUCUCUAAGGCCAAAGGAAGCCAAAGAUAGCCGUUUGUUUGGUCCUGUUCCUAUGACUAAUAUUGUCGGUCGAGUGAUAUAUGCUCUACGAUCAGCUGUAGAUCAUGGUCCGGUACAGAACAGUCACAUGGCAAUGAGGCAAGAUUCAUCAGUUUUGGCCGUUGAGCUGGACAUCGAGGAGAUGGUGAAGAAGAUGAAAUCAUAGGUCAUGCUUUAAAAGUGAAUAAAUUCCCAGUCUUCCAACUCUUUUAUCAUCAUGCUGCUGCUUUUCCAGAACUAUAACGAAUGGCGGAACUUGAAGGGUGUUUUACCCAUUUGACGAUUACUCUGUGAGUCCUUUCUCAUGACUGAUGAAUUGUGCUGGAUGCUCAAUACAUGCGCUGAAAUUAAGCACCUAGUAGCAAACUGCUGCAAUUGUAUUCUAUUUGUUAUGAACGAACAAACCCAGAAUCGGAAGUCAAAUGCUUUCAUUUUAACGAUUCCAAGAAAUUUUCCUA